UAUAGAAAGCUGCACGCCCCGAGAAUUGGAAAGUAAGCCGCAAAAAUCGAAUUCUGCUGGUUGUCACCAUCUGGAACUGAUUCCUCCAGAAGCCUUCGUGGAGCAUCUCCCCGCUCACAAAUUCACCACUGACUUCUCUUUGCCUUAACAGCUGCCAGAAUUAUGCAGGUCUCUCGGCCACGUCUCGCAGCAUCAUCACAACAUGGUAGCUGUCGUGCGUUGCUUCCCAGACACCACAUCUAGAGGACGACAACUGGGCAGAAACCUCAGCCUCUACUUCAUUAUGAAGCUGCUUGGAAAGAUGCAGAUGUUCUCAAACUUCUGGCAAGAAGAAAUCCAGCUGCAGCAGCUUUGCGAUCUUCUCCCACUCAUGAGGCCUGCCUGCUUAAAGCAGGCUCUACAGAAGACCCAGAAGUUUCAGGAGAAGCCAACCAACAACCAGCAGAAGACACUGUCUGCUCUUGACCAUGAGGCCUGUUACCUUUGCUACAACCUCCUGGUGUUAGCCAACGUGGUUGUGGGAACCAAGCCAGCAUCUCCAAAAGAGCAGGGCCACCUCCAGCAACUUUGCCUCCAGGUGCAGCAGCACAUCAGCAGCAGCAUCCGGGAGGACCCGGCUCUCCUCUACAGGACCAAGUUGAAGAACUUGGCUGCCCAAACCUACGUCAAGUGGCAGGAACUUCUGUCGCAAGGCUGGCUCCAAUUAACCCGCUAGCAGGAUGCAAAGGCGGUGGCUCGCUCGGAGCUGGGGGAGAAAGUCACUUUGCACGCGCUCAGAGGACCCUUCGCUUCGUCACCAUUUGUGCCAGCGAGAUCAUCGCUGCCCGCGUGUCUGUCGGUGGGAAGGGCCCGGUGGUGCCCAGGUGUGGCAUUGCCAGCUCCGUUCAAAGAGAAGGGGUUUUUGUCUUGUUUACCACGACCAUCCCCUCUGGCAAGUCAUCCCAGGUCUGUUCCUAAAGUCUUUUCCUUGCCUUUUCUUCCCCUUUCAGGCCAAGAGUGAUCAGGUUUAAUGAGACAUCCCGGGGAAUGAAAGACCUUGCCAGAAGGAGCAGCCUCUCACAGAACUCAGAAAAGCCCUUAGUGGAAUGAAGUGGGGGCAGAGACAAUUCAGUAGCCCCCCCUCAAAGCCACCAAUAAUUCUUUCAUCCCCCUUCCUCAUAAACUUUCUGACGGGUCUUAUAAGGCACAUAAAUUUCUCCCAGGGCUAAGCCCACCUUGUUUACUGUUUACUUGUUUUCUUUAGACCCGCCUGUGCCUUUAAGCCCCCCCCCCCGUGUUCGAAGCAGGCAAUCCAAGGAAGGGAUAACGGCUCCUCUUCUGCACAAGAGGAGGCUAAA